AUGGCCAAGGACAUCCUGGGUGAAGCAGGGCCACACUUUGAUGAGCUGAACAAGCUGUGGGUGUUGGACCCAGAGGUUACCCAGCAGACCAUAGAGCUCAAGGAAGAGUGCAAGGACUUUGUGGACAAAAUUGGCCAGUUUCAUAAAAUAGUUGGUGGUUUAAUUGAGCUUGUUGACCAACUUGCAAAAACAGCAGAAAAUGAGAAGAUGAAGGCCAUUGGUGCUCAGAACUUGCUCAAAUCUAUAGCAAAACAGAGAGGAAAAAAAAAAAAAAAACAGAGAGAAGCCCAACAGCAGCAACUCCAGGCACUAAUAGCAGAAAAGAAAAUGCAGCUUGGAAGGUAUCAGGUUGAGUAUGAAGCUUUGUGUAAAGUAGAAGCAGAACAAAAUGAAUUUAUUGACCAAUUUUCUUUUCAGAAAUGA